UCCUGCCGAUGCUGGAUCUCUGGACCAGGAACUCCCGGCGCCGCAAUGCAAAGCCCGCCCCUACGACCCUUGUCUGAAAGACAUAUUCCAUUGCGACGAUGAUAUCUGACCGGGAGUGGUUACGAGCAUCGGGGCUGUGCUCAGGCAUGCUGGAUACCCUCCCUCGGAGAGACCGAUGUGAUACUGGGCAUUUUAUUGGGAUCGAUGAGAAGAGGGUCGCAGGAGCCACACCCCCAUCUUUGGGAAUACCAACCGUGCUCAUCCCUCUGACCCGGUUGAUGUGGGUUUAUUGCCAGGAACCCACACCUUGCUACCAAUACCGUCUCGGCCCGAUCAACUUCUGCCCACUUGGAUCCUUGGAGACACACAGGUUCCCGCGGCAAUUGACAGUAACUAGUAACGGCAAGGGAUUUGGGGGAAGCUUCGAUCAUGUUCUAUGGCUCAGUGAGUUGCCCCCGGUCUCUUCGUGGGUCCAGGGAAGGCGCUGGGGUUGUGGAGUGGUCCCCCGGGACUUUGAAGUUUGCCAUCAGCCCAAUCCAAGAAUAUUCCCGUCUGCCGUCCGUGGCUCUCCCCUUAUUUUCCGAGUGUUGGCUCGGGAUUGACGUUCAAGUCUGGGUUUUCUCUGGGUGGAUCUCAGAGUUUUUCUUUUUGUUCCAUUGACAAAAAGUGAGCUUCGUACAUGAAAACCUUAAGCACGAUUAGUUUAAUGUGAUACGGCGACCGAUAGCGGCGAAACAACCAAAAAAAGAAAAAAAAGGAAUGCUUAUCUAAUUGGAUUGUACUUUUUCAAUUUUUCCAAGUGGCAGAAAAAG